UUUGUUCGGUUGAUUUUCUUGGAUCUGUCAUCUGUUCUUCCCCGUCCUCCCUUUUCCUGUUCUUGCCGCGCGCAUCUGAGAUUGGGCGCUCGAAUCGUUCUUCGUGGAGUAGAUUCUUGGCUAGACUGAAACGCCAAAAAAUUUGUUUUUAUUGUUUCCUAUUGCCUGUGUGAUCUAGCGCCGUUCUGAUUCAGCUGAUUGCCCAUUUCCCCCAAAUCUUAAAUAGCUGCCCCACCCCGCUGAAUCUUGGCUGGAUUCAUCUAGAAAGAGUAAAAAAUUCUUGGGUCUGAUUGCGACGCGAAGGUCCGUCGCUCAUGGUUGAUGGGAAGCCAUCAAGCCAACCAGAGAUCGCGCGGGAAGUUCCCCCAAAAUAGAAUGGGCAGGUGUGCCCAUCUUGGUGUUUGAAUUGGUAAAUAAUCUGAUCUCAUGGCGAAGCAACACCACGCCACCAGCAGCCUUGUGAUAGGCUAUGCUUUGUGCUCGAGCUUGCUGGCAAUCAUCAACAAGUAUGCUGUCACAAAGUUCAAUUACCCUGGCCUCCUGACUACGCUACAGUACUUUACAUCUGCUGCUGGUGUUUGGGGCCUUGGAAAGCUAGGUUUUCUCUGCCAUGAUUCCUUCAACCUGGAGACUGCCAAGAAAUUCGCACCAGCUGCUGUUGUCUUCUACCUUGCAAUAUUCACCAACACAAACCUCCUCGUUCAUGCCAAUGUGGACACAUUUAUAGUUUUCCGAUCCUUGACUCCGCUUUUGGUUGCUGUUGCCGACACAUUCUUCCGGAAGCAACCAUGCCCUUCCAAGCUCACAUUCUUAUCCCUUGUAAUCAUAUUGGGAGGAGCAGUUGGCUAUGUGAUAACAGAUUCUGCCUUCAGCCUCACAGCAUACUCGUGGGCGCUUGCUUAUCUGGUGACAAUUACAACGGAGAUGGUGUACAUCAAGCAUAUUGUUACGAGUCUGGGUCUGAACACAUGGGGUUAUGUGCUGUACAACAACCUUCUUUCGCUCAUGAUUUCCCCCAUCUUUUGGUUUCUGACAGGGGAGCACAAGUCGGUCUUCUCAGCUGUCAAAUCACGGGGUGAGAGUUGGUUCCAGCUCGACGCCUUUGUUGCGGUAGCAUUGUCAUGUGUGUUUGGAUUGCUCAUCAGCUUCUUUGGCUUCGCGGCUAGGAAAGCAAUCUCUGCCACUGCAUUCACGGUAACUGGGGUUGUGAACAAGUUCCUCACAGUGGCGAUCAAUGUGACGAUCUGGGACAAGCACGCGAGCGCAUUUGGUUUGGUUAGCCUUCUGUUCACUCUAGCUGGUGGAGUACUCUACCAGCAAUCAGUUACUGCAAAAGGACAUAUUGCAGCACCACAGCAUGAACAUGCAUCAGAACAACAUAAGAAUGAUAGUGACAGUGCCGAGUAUGAUGAGGAGAAACAUAAGUUGGUUUCAUCUGAUGAACGCCCUGUUGCAUGAAGAAUGUCAUUCUUAGCUUUAGAUCGACAGGACUACGAAGAGUAGUAAAUGACAACCAGGGUAGCUAGCUAGAACAUUAGCUGCUGCAGCCUGAUGCAUCAUCACCUGGAAGGAAGCUGGAAGACCCUGGGGACAAGGAGAUAUUGUCAUGAUGGUAGCAAGUUCACCAUGCUGUGUGAUGGCAUCAGUUGCCUCUUGUUCAGCUCUGUGGUUUAGGCAAGUUCUUAGUGUUUUUCUCCUCCAUGUGCUCUGUCAUGGCUGUGAUGUGUUUUGGCCAUCUAUUCGAUGAGCAAUACCCUGAAUUAUGGCGCUCGUGGUCAUUUGGCCAUGUAGCUUCUAAGUUGUGUUUCUAUGAAAUUGACAUGUAGGCCUGGUUUGGUAGUAUUUCCCUUAAGCCACUGUGGUUGAUUGUUUUGUGCCGUGGGCCUAUUUGUUUUUUAUGAACACCGCUAGUUGGUAUUCUGUUGAC